GGGGCAGACGACACUAAGUUAAGAUCUAUCGUCGACAGCCUUCUCAGGGGAGACAACAAUGCCCGGGCCAUUAUGAUGUUUGCUAAUGAGGACAACUCCAGACGAGUUGUUCGUGCUAUAAGCGACCUAAACAAGACCGAGUCGGUUUAUCUGCUGGCCAGCGACAGUUGGGGCGCCAAGGUGCACCCGGUCUACAGACAGGAGCCUGAAGCUGAGGGUACUGUUACCAUUUUACCCACCAGGAGACCCAUAGAAGGUUUCGAUAACUACUUUUUAAAUUUGACCUUGAAUAACACGCGCAAUCCCUGGUUCAAAGAAUUCUGGGCUGACAUCUUUAAUUGCAGCAUCGGCAAUUAUCAGAGAGGUGCCAGGCCGUGCACUGGUGAGGAGAGGCUGGACAAGUGGCGCCACUACAAGCAGGAGGGUCUGGUCCAGUUUGUCAUUGACUCGGUCUUCGCUCUAGCGCACGCUGUACACGACAUGAUGGCAGCCCAGUGUCCCGGGGAAUUCCCCAGGUGUCCCGUUCUCAAGCAGCUCCAUGGCCCCACGUUUCUCCAGUACAUUCGGAACGUAUCUUUUACAGGUAUUAGUGGCGCAGAGAUCCAGUUUAACAAGAACGGGGACAGUCUCGGCCGCUACGAUAUCUUUCAGUUCCAGAGGGUCAAGGACGAAUUCAAGUACAUCAAAGUUGGGGAGUGGACAGACACUCUAAUACUUAACAAGAGCAUGAUGCGCUGGAAGAACGGCUCCCAAGACGUCCCCACCUCCUUCUGUAGCGAGCCUUGCAAAUUUGGUCACGCCAAGCUUAUCAGCAGUGACUGUUGUUGGAAUUGUGUUCCUUGCAAGGAAAACGAGUACAUGCCUGACGAGGGCGAGUGCCGAGCCUGCCCCCCUGAGUCCCGCCCUACCGCCAGCAGGACGGGCUGUGAGACCCUGCCUGUCGUCACCUUGGUACCUGCCAGCCUCUGGUUUGUUCUACCUGUAGCUUUUUCCAUCGCAGGAGUUGUGUGUACCGUGUUUGUGUUCGGCGUGUUCCUGACCUACAACAAGACUCCCCUCAUCAUGGCCUCUGGCCGAGAGCUCUGCUACAUCCUGCUGUUCGGCAUCGCCCUGUCGUACUGCACAUCUGUGGCCAUGUUGGCCCGACCCACCCCCCUGACCUGCGCCAUACGACGGCUGGGGCUCGGCGUCUCGCUCUGCUUUGUCUACGCUGCCAUCCUAACUAAAACAAAUCGCAUCUUCAGAAUAUUUUCUGUCGGCAUCAAGGCCAUGGUCAAACGGCCAAGUUACACAAGCCCCAAGUCCCAGAUUUUUAUCUGCUCAGCUCUCGUCUCUGUCCAGAUCGUGGGGGCCUUCACUUGGAUUGGUUUUGAGAAGCCUAACGUGGUUUUGAUCCCACAUCAGAAGGACACUCUGGUGCUCAAGUGUCGCGCCAGUCAGAUCGCUACCAUCGUCUCCCUCUUCUACAACAUCUUCCUCAUCAUCCUGUGCACGGUGUACGCCUUCAAGACCCGCAAGAUCCCGCAGAACUUCAACGAGGCCAAGUACAUCGCCUUCACCAUGUACAGCACCUGCAUCGUUUGGUGCGCAUUUGUGCCCAUCUAUUUUGGAGCUAACCAUGACUUUAAGAUCGAGGUGACGUCACUGUGUAUGUGUGUCAACAUCAGCGCGACCGUCGCCCUCUUCUGUCUGUUUGCCCCCAAAGUCUACAUCGUGCUGCUCCAGCCUCACAAGAACGUCAGGCAGACAUCGACCGCUGCCACCAGCACCAAGGUCCCCCGGGCCUUCUAUGACCCACCCACGGCCUCCACAGGCGGGGUCUGUCCCCCAUACCACUACAACGACCUGAACGGAGGGGUCUACUGUGGCGACAUCCCCACCCAGCCUGCUUUACCUCCGCCCAUGCGUGAAAGAAAAAAAAACAACACCCAUGUGGUAUUAGCCAGCCCAACAAGUAAUGUCACCAUGACAACGGUCGCAGCUCAUAGACACCACGGAGAGGAUGCUGAAGAUGGGGAGACAGAAGAGAUGGUGGGCCACACGGACGAGAUGGUGGGCCACAAGACUUUAGAUGAGCAACUAAGGGAAAGAAUCCAUUUCCCUAAACUCAGCUACAGUGUAAACGACUAUGAUGACGUCAGUGAUUCAAGUGACGAAUGUUCUCCGGUAAAAAUUCCAAACGACGUCACCUGAUGACGUCAUAAAUGUAUGUCUGUAAACUUAAAGAAAAAGGAUUUGUUAGCCGACAAGUUUCGUUCGACUGCCAUCAACGCAGCUUGUCAAACUUGCCAGUAACGUGUGUAUAGGCAGCUACCUCUUGAGAAUGUUCCGUGACAUAUGUGACAUUUAAGCUGCCAUAAGAUGUCAUCGGUUACUUUUCACAUUUGGAUGAUGACAUCAAUUAUAUUGAAUCAGUUUAUUUGUUACAUUUAACCUUUAAGUAGGUGACAUUUGUCCUGUAAGGGGUGACAUUUGUCCUGUAAGUGGAUGACAUUUGUC